AGAACGCUGGUCGGUCUUGAUCUAGUUCAAGUUAACUUUCUCUUCGGUUUUUCUUUAAUCUAUUUAUUGGCGUCAUAUUGACUAAACAUAAGCCAGUACACUACUGGAUACAUUUAAUGAUAUUCACAUAUAUUUAUACAUACAAUACAUUGGUUUGUAUAUAAGUAAAUCAUUGAAACAUUCGUGCGCUUAGAAUACUAAUGUUGCGCUUAACAAUUCAGUUCACUCCCUCGAAGUGAAACUAGCACGAGAGCCCUCUAUCAAGAGUGGUAUUAAGCAUAAUAUAAGGAUCCUGCAAGAUUCGGAAUUCGGAACUGGCAGAACCCUGCAGCAUUGCUGGGAUAGCUAUCACCUAAAAAAAAAAUAAAAAAACAUUUCUCAUUAUUGACAGUAGCUGACUGAGCUUAAAUACAGCAUAAUUUGCGGAAUCAAAAAUUUUUCAAUUUAUUUCAAAUUUAGUGACAUGUUGACGUUGCUUCGAACAUCUUUGAAAAUAACGGUAAAGCAAAACCAAAGAUGCCUUCAAACAUCAGCUUCCCACCUUUCUGAUACGUUGUUUGUGCAUAGAGACACAGACCAAGAUAACCCUAACAUUCCGUUUGAAUUUACUGAAGAAAAUAAGGAGCGAAUAAAAGCAAUACUGCAAAUUUACCCUGAAGGUCAUAAAAGAGGUGCUAUGAUUCCUUUGUUAGAUCUUGCUCAGCGCCAACAUGGAUGGUUACCUAUCUCAGCAAUGCAUGAAGUUGCAAAUAUUUUGAAAUUAUCUAAUAUGAGAGUUUAUGAAGUGGCUACCUUUUAUACCAUGUUUAAUCGUAGACCAAUGGGAAAAUACCAUAUUCAAAUCUGCACUUGCACUCCUUGCUGGUUGAGAGAUUCAGAUAGCAUAUUAAAAACUAUUUGCGAGCUUACCAAUACUAAGGUUGGUGAAAACUCACCUGACCACAUAUUUUCAGUUUCUGAAGUAGAAUGCUUAGGAGCUUGUGCUAAUGCACCAAUGAUUCAAGUGAAUGAUGAUUAUUAUGAGGACUUAACACCUGAAACCACAUCAGCUAUUAUUAAUGCUUUAAAAAAAGGAGAGCGACCACCACCAGGGCCACAAAUUUGUGAAAGGUAUGCAGCCGAACCGAAAUCUGGACUUUCAUCUUUGACAUCUCAACUUCCAGAACCUGGUUUUGGAGUACGUCAAGAUUUAUAAACGAGAGAUACUAUUUAGAUCGUGCAAAUCGUAAUACUCAAUAAAAAUAUAGAAUACCACGCAAGUUGGAAAUGAGAUACUGUAUGGUUUUAAACAUGUACACGAUAAUAAAUUUUAAUGUAGCUGAUA